AUGGCAGGAAGGAAUGAUGCUGCUCUUGCUGCUGCACUGCAAGCUAUGGCGCAGUCGGUGCAGAAUAAUAACAAUCAAAAUGCUGGGGAUCUGCAGUUUCGCAACUUAGAGAGGUUCCAGAGCAACAAACCGCCUAAGUUUGAAGGUGGUAACAUUGAUCCAGAUAAUGCACAGAAAUGGCUGAAGGCUAUUGAGAAGAUCUUCAGGACCAUGGGAUGCAAUGAGGAUCAGAAGGUACAGUUUGGUACGCACAUGAUGGAAGGUGAAGCUAAGGUCUGGUGGGAUAAUAGUCGUCAGAGAAUGGAAGCUGCAGGUACUGCUAUUACUUGGGCAGUGUUUCGGGCUAAGUUUCUGGAAAAGUACUAUCUGGAAGAUGCUCGUAGCAAAAGGGAGAUUGAGUUCCUAGAAAUGAAGCAGGGGAAUAUGACUGUUGAUGAGUAUGCUGCUCGAUUCGAGGAACUGGUGAAGUAUUGUCCUCAUUACAAUACCAAUGAGGCUAUGAAUUCCAAGUGCAUCAAGUUUGAGAACGGGCUGCGUCCCGAGAUCAAGCAAGGUAUUGCGUGUCAGAAGAUAAGGAACAAUCCAGAGCUGGUGAGCAGGAGCCGAAUUUAUGACAAUUACAACAGAGCCAAGAUUGCACAUUACAAAGCUGUGAAUGAUCGGAAGGGUAAUCAGAAUCGGGGGAAACCGUAUAGUGCUUCUGCAGACAAGGGAAAGCAGAAGGCUGCUUUUGGAAAGAAGCCAAGUGGGGGAGGAUUUGCUUCCAAUCCCAUUAUUUGCUUCAAGUGUGGUACUGAGGGACACCGUGCUAAUGAGUGUCAGAAGGAUGUUAAGAAGUACUUCAAAUAUGGGAAAGCAGGUCAUAUGGUGGCAGAUUGUAGAACUAAGGUGCCUACAUGCUACAACUGUGGUGAGGAAGGUCAUAUCAACACUCAUUGUCAAAAGCCAAAGAAGACUCAAGGUAAUGGCAAGGUGUUUGCAUUGGUAGGGGCCCAGUCUACUAGUGAGGACCGAACAGUCAAAGGUACUUGUUUCAUCCAUAACAUUCCUUUGAUUGCUAUUAUUGACACGGGUGCAACCCACUCGUUUAUUUCUGUUGAUUGUGUGAAGAGAUUAGGACUUGUACCGUCUACUUUAGAUCGGAAGAUGACUAUUGAAACUCCAUCUAUUGGUUCUGUGGUUACUUCUUUAGCAUGCUUGAAUUGUCCGUUGACUAUCUUUGAUAGGGAUUUCUGA